CGUGGACUCGGACAGAUGGUACGGUGCCCUCUGCGGAUAGUUGCAGAGGAAAAGGGUAUUUCCCUGGAGAUAAGGGCAUAAUUCUUUGAAUUUUUUUGAUUUUUUUCUUUGUUUUUUCAAUUUUUUGCAAAAUCUUUGGAUAUCUUGUGUUUGAUCUUGCCUUUGUAUUCAAUUCCCCAAUAGUUUUUUCAUCAUUUGGUGUUGAAGAUCGAUGGUUUUCUUUGAUUAAUCCAUUCUUGUUAUCAAAACCUAGGGUUUCGAUUCUUUGGUUCUGAUUUUGAUUCAAAAUUGAGGCGAAAAGUUGUUUACAAUUGGUUUUGUGGUUCAAAAUUGUGUUUUUUUGAAUCAUGGCGAUGAAUUUGGCGCCAUACUGGUUGUCACCGGCGGCCAUGGAAGAUGGUAUGCAGGAGGAUGGAGAUAUCGACGAAGUUGAUUUCUUGCCAGAAGACCCUUUCGGGAUGGAGAACUUCACGGCGGCGAUCGUCGGGUGGAUGGAGGACCUCGAAGGUGAUACCUUUUUUACUGACCUUGAGUACCUGCUUGAUAGGCCUGCGUUUCGGUGCCCGGAACCUGAUGGAGAGUCUUCUCCGCAUGAUGGUUUGCUGUUGUCGCUUGGGCAUUUGGGAGUUCGUGAUCUCUUGUCAAUGGAGAGGGUCUGUAGACCGCUGCGCGCUGCCGUCCGGGAUGACCCACUGUUGUGGAGGUGCAUCCACAUUGAAUCUCCAUUGAGUGAGAAGAUAACAGAUAAUAAGCUUGUACGGCUUGCCGAUAGAGCUCGAGGGAGCCUUGAGUGCUUGAGCCUCAUUGAAUGCUCGAGAAUAUCAGAUGAUGCCCUCAAACAUGUGCUUCAGAGUAACCUAAAGCUCACCAAGCUUAGUAUACCUGGAUGUUUGCGGCUCUCUGUUGAUGGCCUUAUUAACAACCUGAAGAUCUGCGCAUCUCUUGGUGGAGUGGGUUUAAAAUGCCUCCGACUUGGCAGGCUUUUCAGUAUCACAGAAGAACAGUUUGGAGCACUGAAGUGGUUACUGAAAGCAGAACACUUCCAGCGCAGAAGUGACAAGCCGCAAUUCUAUCAUUACAACCGCUCAGCGCAACCCAUUGAUAUUGAGUUAUGCCCUAUAUGUGAGAAAGUGAAGCUUGUCUAUGACUGUCCCAUGGUUAACUGUCAAGGUGACGAAGGGUUUGAUCAGUGCAGGGCUUGCGAGGUCUGCAUUCCAAGGUGUCUCCAGUGUGGUAGGUGCAUAAUUAACUGUGCUUACAUGGAGACCUUCAGUCUAAGUUACGUUUGUUCGACCUGUUGGGAAUCUGUAAUGAUUGCAAAUGAACUAAUCCCUUUAGUCUCACAUCGGCUAUGAGAUGGAUUCCUUGUGUGCAUAUAAGUGGUGGGUAAUCUUCACCACUAAGCCGGUCUUUUGGUGACACGCUCUCCCCUCCACUUGUGUGCAUUACAGAAUCUCACCCUCAGUAUGAAAGGACUCUAGUGGCGGAAGAAGAUGGAAUAUGAUUGAAUUUGCUUUUCUGCGGGUCGGCACGGUAUCGCUUUUUAUUUUUAUUGGAGUAAUACCUUGUCAUGGAACUUCAAACGUUUUCAUUGAACUGUCAAUUUGUCAUGGAGCCACAAUAUGCAGUAGACUUUGGGAUGAAGAAUGAAGCUAUUGAUUUGAGUCAAUCAGAAACUUCUGCCAGCUGAGUUGUUGAUGUAUAAUAACUUUCUAUUUCAAAACUGAAGACUGAACUAUUCCUUCUGCAUAUUUCUGUGUAAUUACUCUGAUGGGCAGGAAGUGAGAUGAAAAAAUUUGAAGUUUUUCUCA